GGGAAGUGAAAUAAACAGAAGCUUUGGCAGUUUGUCUUGCAAACUGAAUGAACUAAUUUGAACAAAAAAGGGAAAUGCUCCACAAUAGAAUGUCCAUUUUAUGAUGGUCAUUAAGCACAAAUAACGUGAAUUCUUCACGAGUUUAGUUUUGUAAGAAGAUUUUGGUAUUUAUACCACAUAUACAACCUGGUGUAUCCUAAUUGACUUUUAGCUAAAAUGACUGAAUAUUUAAGAUGCCCAAGCUGCAAUAUGACUUUCAAGUCCUCUUUAUUACUUGAAAAACACAGAGAAAAGUUCUGUAUUGGAGGAGACAUUGGAAGAUUAAGAGAAACGCAAACGCCAGUGGACAUGGUAAAUAUAAUUCUAAACUGCACUUCUGCCUUGUUUAGAAAUAUGACAGAUCACGGCUUUUUUAUUAAAAAACUAAAUGUAUUUUUUUUUUAAAAAUUAACCUUAUUUGGGGUAGUGGCACAUACCUCUCCUUAGCUUUAUUUAAUAUAUUGAACAGAUCACUGAUAGCCCUUUUAUCUAAAUCAUGUGCCAUUUCAUCAAAAUAAAUGCAAAGCUUUUUUUACUAAGCUAUGGUUAAAUAUGGAUGUAUUUAUUUAAAUAUAUGUAAGUGAUGUUUCAUUGAUGCAGGUAAAUCUAACUACUUGUCUGUUGAUCUAUUGCAACCUAGAAAUAAUUUUUUAUAGUCUUGUUCGCAUUAUUGGCCCUUUAUAAACACCUAGCUUUCAUCAUUUACUUCACUGAAUUUUAAUAUGUUGCUCUAUUUCCAUGUUAAACUUGUGGCUUGUAUAUAUCCGUUCUGUAUAUUUGUGUUAGCACUAUUUAUUUCUAUUUACAAGACAACUUGAAGUCAAUGGACAGAAAACUAUUUGCAGGGAACACACCCUGCAUAACAGCUCCACAGUUUUUAUUUUGAUACAUCAGUAUUAUAAUAUAUUUAAAAAACAAGUCUGCGUUCUAUUCCGUAGUCUGUAUUCUCAAAAUGUGACUUUUUGAGCAAAAUACAGAUACUGUCAGAACUAGACAAUAUGUUCAGGCACGUUUUACCUCUGAGAAACUUCUAUACCACUCCCUAUUUUAUUAGCAAAUGAAAAAAAAAUACUGUGAAUUUUGCAUUUUUAAUGGAGAGAAAUAUGAGAUUUCUCCUAAAAAAAAAAAAAAAAAAGCUUUUAAAAUUAUUAAAUAAAUCUUUUGGAUUGACAGUGCUUUGAAACUGAAUUGUAUUUUACCUCACCUGGGCCAAAUCUCCAUGGAGAGUAUUUAGAGGCUUUGCUCUCUGUGUAAGCCUGUGGUUAUGUUACAAUUUCCGCUGAUCCAUUAGGAAGUCUACCAUUACAAGACAGUCAGAGGAAUGGUAGAUUUUAACAUUUUAAAAUGGUAGAUUUUAACAUUUUGCUUCCUGAGUUCUUAUAAUGGCAAUCAAUGUGGGGAAGUCAUACUACACCAGAUAUGUCAUAUGAUGAUAGUUAGCACUCAAGAGUACUAGGGAAGGUCAGAAGGAAUUCUAGUUAGUGUAGUUGAGGAUUAGAAAUAUUUAGAAAAUGUCUAUACCAUACAACAACAACACAAUACAAAAUUUUGAUAACAAACAAAUACAUGGCAAGUGUAAAUUUACUUAUUUAUUGAUUACUUGUUGAAUAAAAGGUAAAGAACAUCAACAAUAGAAGAUGUGUGUUACAUAUUUCAUCUGGGUGACGUAAAAAGACGAUGUUGCAAGAUGGAAGGCCAGAUUUGUGUAGAGUAAAAGCAUAAUGGUAAUUGAUAAAGAAGUGAACUGCAAAACAGCCUUUAAUUAACUUCUACUAAAACAGUCUGGCAAGACCGUCCUUGACCUUAGGAGGGUAGAGAUACAGGUGUAUUGUAUCAGAUUGGAACAGUAGUGUACAUAAGGCACCAACAUUAUACAUUAUAGAAAGAGCUGAGAACAAGCCAGUCUUUCCAGAUUAAAUUUGUUUAUAAGUCUGAAUAAACAGCUUUGUAUUUAAGCGUAUGGAGAAGAUGCAACUGUGAAUAGUAAGCUAUGACUUAAAGGAUCACUAUAGUGUCAGGAAAACAAACUCGUUUUCCUGACACUAUAGCAUCCUUAGGACCCCCCACCCUGGGGCCCCCCUCCCGCUGGGCUGAAAGGGUUAAAACCCCUUCAGUUACUUACAUUAAUCCAGCGCCGGGCUCCUUCGGCGCUGGUGACCUCUCCUCCCCUGCCGACGUCAGCUCCCGAGUUGAGCGGAAAGCGCGUGCGCGGCAAGAGCCGCAUGCCCAUUCAAACAGUCCAUAGGAAAGCAUUUCUCAGAAGCGCCUCUAGCGGCUGUCAGGAAGACAGCCACUAGAGGCUGGAUUAACCCUGCAAUGUAAAGAUAGCAGUUUUUCUGAAACUGCUAUGUUUACAUCUGAAGGGCUAAAACCUGGGGGACCUGGCACCCAGACCACUUCAUUGAGCUGAAGUGGUCUGGGUGACUAUAGUGUCCCUUUAAAUUUAAAAAAAUAGGGUAUUACGUUAUAUUACGUUAACAUAUGCAAUAAACAGUAAGGCAGCAAGUGUCAACACAAUAAGUUGUGUUUUAUUUCUUUUAAUAGAUGUGUUAAGAGAGUAUUGAAUGAUGUCAUGGUAGCCUGAGCUGUGAUUCCUGCUCAAGGGUGUGCUGUUUGCAAUAAACUCACUAACAGUAAGCAAGAUAUAUUGGCAAAACCAAAAAAUGUAAAAAGGAUGGCAACAAAAUAAAAAAUAGCAUUGAUUAACCAGAAUUGAGCAAGUUGCUAUAACACUGAAUAAAUGAAUCAAGAAAAUCAUUCUUGUAAUCCCACUGUUUAUGUCCAGACCCACAACAGGGGAGGUGAUCAGUUUUGGUGCAAGAUUACAUUAUAUCAUUCAAUGGAUACACAUAUUAUCUGGUCCUCCACAUCUGCUAUACUGUCAACAAGUUUAUGUUUGAUUUUGUGAAUUAGCAUGUUAUAUGCAGUACAGAGUUCAUUCUUUACGAUUCUACCCAUGAAUUCAUGCAGUACCAUGGAUAUGUCUACCGUCAUGUUUUAAAUUGGUCUGUAAUAAACAUCUCAGGGACUGAGACAUGUUAUUGAACUUCCUUCCUGAGUCACGUAAUGUUAUAUCUGCUGAGACCCACUCCUACACUUCUUCAUGCCUACAUGGUCACGUGGUGGAUCACGUUUUUGACUCCAGCUGGGGGAGGUUGCUGCUCUGCACUGCAACACGCAACAUCAUUAUGGUGCACUGUCCAUGGGUCAGGUAAAUUAUGGCUCACAAUCUAGAGAAACAAUCUAGAGGCUGCAAUGUCCAUAUUGAUGUCCACAUUGAUUAUGAUUAAGACUCCACAGCUGUAUGUGGAAUUUUGGAUUACCCCACGUUGUUAAAAGGACGCUGCACCUGAUAUAAGGUGCUCAAUCAAUUUUUCUCUGUCAAUCUUCUAUGUUUGAUGUGCUCUCACUUCUUACUACAUGGUUGCCGUUUCACUGCAGAACUCUGCUCAUUUGAUUUGCUUUGUACUCAACUUCUGGCUUUGUUCCUGGCUAUGCUCCAUUCUACUCUGCCACUCAUGAAACAGACUUAACCUACGGAUUCCUGCAUCUCUUCAGUUACUUCAAGGAACCAUAAAUCAAUCUACACUGGAAGGACUUCAACUCCCUUCAUUCAUUAAGGAAAUAUAAGUUUUCCUAUGAUUGUAAUUACUAAUUGAUUCUAGCCUCAAGUUUCUGGGAAGGAUAAGGGAUAUCCAAAGUCUACCUCUGAGAUUCUACUUGCUAUAUCUAAUUGAAAUAUAAUUUGCCAAUUACCCAAUGGUGUUAAUUAUUUCUAUUGGAGUCUACUAACUACAAACACUUCACAUACCAGGAUAAUUCAUUACCAAGUUAUUUCUUUAUACUAAGAGACUGAUAUUGUACUACAGGAGUCCCCUGCUUGGCAACCUUAUUGAAGUCUUAUGGACUAUACUACUUACUGCUAAUUAAGCAUUCCUCAUUUGAAGUCAUUUGGACUAUAUUGUUUGCUGCUAAAUAAGCAUUUCCUUAUUUUUCAUAAUUGCCAUAUUCUUGUGUUGCAAUUCUGAAACAAGAUUCCCAACAUUCAUGCAUUAUUUCAAAACCUAUUUGCUGCAAAAUACUGCCAAGGUUAAUUUCCUUAUUUAAGUUAAAUUCAAUUUUCUUAAAGUGAAGGUAUCAAAUUUAUUAUUUCAUCUGCAGUUGCGUUCCAAAAUAAAUUUUCUCCCGAGAGCAUUACAAAUUUGCACUUAUAUGCUCCGUGCCUAUGACUGCACUUGAAAUACAUACAGCUGUGUGUACUGUGCUGGGCAUGCGCCCUUAGGGAGAUUUUGGCUAUAAACUCCCAAGGCUACCCUGACCAAGUGCUCAGUUAUUUUGUAGCUCCCUGUCCAGGUGACCUACAGUCUGUUCCUGCUGUGUUUGCUUUCCAGAUCCGUUGCAGACCUCGCCUCCUGACUUCCCUUCUGCUCUUCUGCAUUUCUGACUUUUGCUCUAUUUAUUGGAUCUACAACUCUAUGCUGCCCUCCCCAUCCUUUUGACUUUGGACGGAUUCUGGCUUCUUUCUCUACACUUAAUGACUUUGAUGCUCCAGUUCUAGUUUCCCAUCAGACUUCUCUCAAUUAUUUGUUGUAAGCAAUGCACACUUUCUGGGAGCCUGCAUCCAUUUCUAUGACUUCCUUGGAAGUGAUGAUUCACUAGGGCAUGCAUAGGCAACCUUCGGCACUCCAGAUGUUUUGGACUACACCUCCCAUGAUGCUUUGCCAGCAUUAUGGGUGUAAGCGCAUUCUGGGGGGGAUGUAGUCCACAACAUCUGGAGUGCCGAAGGUUGCCUAUCCUUGCACUAAGGUGUGAUGUGGCUUGCUCUUUGGUUCUCGUUCCAUAACCAAGUCUUACAGAUGAGUCAUCUGAAAGUUGCCAAGUUAUGUCUAAUUUAGACAGACGAUGCUGCGUACAAUGGUAGAAUUCUAGCCACAAUCUUGUGUUCUUUGAGACAGGUUUCAUUUGGGAGGUAUUUUUUUAAAUUUGUGGCUGUUUGACAAGUUACUGUGCUUAUGUGAGGGCAUAAUCUUGUUCCCAAAGCAGGGGCAGGCUGUAAGUGGCACUGGAAAGUAUUGUCGAGGCCUUCUGUGGAGCUAAGCCAACAUAAGUCUGCUCCCAUUGGAACUCAACACACCCAAAUAUAUAUAGAUAUUGCAUACAAAAUAAGUGGGGGAAAAAAGAAUAAGCAAAAAAGAGAGCAUUUUCUUGCUUUAUACGUCAACAAAAAAAACCCUGUAAACUAUGAUCACAACUGUAUAAUGUUAAACCAUGUCACAAUAGAAUUAAUAACCCAGGCUAGGCAAAAUUAUUAUUUUUUCCUGACACAAUAGUCCUCAAAGGAAGGAUAUAACACUAUAUAAACAAAUUAUUGGUUUUUUUUUGUUUUUUUGUAUAUUGGUAAAAUAGCCUCACAGUAGGAUGAAUAACAGAAUGAACCCAGGUGACAAUCUAUGUCCUACUCAAAAUAUUCUCUAGUGCUCCUGGCAGUGCUAGUUGCUAGAAGUAGAUACAGCAUAGAGCUAAAGUUAGUCUCACAGUAGAAUCAAUGACCAAGGCUAAGCAAAUUAUAUUUUUUUCCUGACACCGGAAACCCCUUCCUCCAAUGUCUGGUCUUGGUGGCGGUGAUGAAUCUGAUGAUGAUGAUGAUUCGGUUUCUUCCACCACUGCUGACCUAGAACUCUUACCACUAGCCAAAGAGCUACUUGACUAUGAUUAUGAUGAACCAGAUAAAUUAUAAGUGAAGAGUAUGGAGUGGACAUGCAACAGAUCAGUAUUUUCUCUAGCAGUUAGUGUGCACUCAGCUUACACAGCAGCACCUACAAGUGGCAGACGUAGCUCACCCACAGUCAAUUUUACCAUCACCACCACAAGUGCCAACACCAUCUACAUCACCUGUACCAGCACUAUCAACAUUAGCCUUGAUAUCCAAACCAGUGAAGGGUAGUGGUGGUAUGAAGUAACGUCUGCAAAGAUACCACAAGUCUGUAUUAUUGAGGAAGAAGGAGAACAAGAAAGUACUAGGGCAGGCAGUAGGUCCACUGGUGCUAAAAGUGAUUACCAUCAGCACUAUCUCAUCCACGACUACUAGCGCCACCCACAGGCAAAUCAGGGGGGAUGGUGAGGAUAGUGCAAAUAGUCAACAGUGGCAGGCUAGAUAGAAUCCCUCAUCAUCCGGUCGAUUUAAAAAGAAAAAAAAUCAGUUACUUCCAGUGCCAUUUAUACGAACAUUCAUUUACUGAUUUAGAAUUGUUUUACUGAUUUGUAUAUAAAUAUAUUUAUUUUUAGUAAGAGACCGGCUAUUUGAUUUGCAAUAUGCUUCUAUUUCUGCUUUGGAAAGUGUAAGCUUCUACCCUCAGUAAUAUCGAGUGUGCAAUGCCUUUAUUUACCUCUUUGGAAAAAACAUAUAUUAUAUUCUAAAAUAUGGUGGUGUUGCUGUGCUUAUCCCCUUGUACAACCGCCUUAAAAAUAAAUUACUUAAUGAAAUUACUCCUGCUGCAGCUCCCCUUUUUUAGUGACUGUUAAGAAGCUGACAGGCCACAUUUUUGUUGUUUUUGUUUUGUUUGAUUUUUCUUUCUAAGGAAGAGUGGGCACAGGGCAAUUGACCACCCACUUAUCCCUACCACCCGAGAAGAACAAAGCUUUCACACAUACAUCCAGUCUGUAGUGUGGGAAAAAAAUGGUUCCCUGCAAGCUUAUACUGACUGCAUCUGCUGAGUUAGCAGGCAUAAUCACAUUGCAAGACACGCAGGGCGAAACAAACUGCAAUGACAGGCAUUUGAAAAGGGGGAGCAGCUCAGCGCUGUAUUUACUGCAAGGCUAACAAGGCAUUUGCCCCCAAAUGCCUCGUUAGCCUUGUUUUAAGGGGGGCACAAGAGCUGGCCGGCUGGCUACCUUUGGGGCCCCCCCGGAGCAGGCAGCCAGUUCUGUCCCAGGCCGGUGGCGAGGGAGAGCUGAUCUUUGAGUAAUCAGCAGUAAUGCCGGGAGCCGGAAUAUGACAUCACUCUGGCUCCUGGCAUUACUCUGCUGCUCACGAAGGAGCAGAGCAAGAAGAGCCCCCUCGCUGCCUUCUUUGCGUGCCAGCCCGCCUGCCUGCCUGCCCGUCUGCCUUCCCAGCAGCAUCAACAUUCUGGCCAUCAGCCAGCCCAGCAGCCCCACUGGACCACAGAUAAAAUAUCCACCCAGCGAUGGCAGCGACUUUGCUUAAGAUGUAGUUACUCCUGUUUCCCGCGCAGAGCCCCCUGUGCAGAGCUUACCUAUUCACAGUGACAAGUACCUAGUUACAUCCCUGUUGAUUUUAUUGAAGUUAGCAUGUUCUAUAACACCCAUUUUAUUUUAACCCACAUUUAAAUGACCCAUGCUAUAUGUUUACUUGCCAUACUCUUUUAAGCACCUGUGUCUAACAUGUACUAAUUGUUCACACACUGAUAGUUCAAUCUUUAGGUGGACAUACCUGACUAGUCUGUUUAUUCAUAUGCUCAAAUGUCCAGAAUUAGCAAAUAUAGUUUUAUCUUUGCCACAUUCGUAUGCUUAUGUAAGCUGUUGUGGCUCUGACUUUCAUAACUUGUCUUAUAUAACAUUUAACCACAUGACUGUAUUUGCCUUAAUUUAAUUAAGCUUGAAUAAAAAAAAAUGUGCAAUGCUUACCUGUCUUGCAUGCUGAAAUUGCUCCUCUCUUUUCUUAUGCUGGCAAGACUGCCCAAUAUGUUAUUACUUUUCAUGCACAACGAAAAUAAAGAAUUGAAAAAAAGGAAAAAUAUCCACCCAGCUCUCCCAAAGGUAGGGAGGCUGGGUAGAUUUAAAUUUAAAAAAAAUAAAUAACAAUAAAUAACAAUCUGUGAGUGUUGAGGGAAAAUGUGUCUGUCUGUCAGUGUGUGUGUAUGUCUGAGUGGGCAUGUGUGUCUGUGAGUGAGUUUGUGUGUGUCUGUGAGUUUGUGUGUCUGUCAGUGAAUGUGGGUGAGUGUGUCUGGGAAUGUGUGUCUGUCAGUGAGUGUGUCUGUGUAUAGCUGUCAGUCUGUUACAGUGUGUCUGUGAGUGAGCGUGAAUAUCUGCCAGUGUGUUUGUAAGUGAAUGUGUGUCUGUGAGUGAGCGUGUGUGUCUGUCAGUGAUUGUGUCUGUGUAUAGCUGUCAGUCUGUUACAGUGUGUCUGUGAGUGAGCGUGAAUAUCUGCCAGUGUGUUUGUAAGUGAGUGUGUGUCUGUGAGUGAGCGUGUGUGUCUGUCAGUGAUUGUGUGUAUGUCUGAGUGGGCAUGUGUGUCUGUGAGUGAGUUUGUGUGUGUCUGUGAGUUUGUGUGUCUGUCAGUGAAUGUGGGUGAGUGUGUCUGGGAAUGUGUGUCUGUCAGUGAGUGUGUCUGUGUAUAGCUGUCAGUCUGUUACAGUGUGUCUGUGAGUGAGCGUGAAUAUCUGCCAGUGUGUUUGUAAGUGAAUGUGUGUCUGUGAGUGAGCGUGUGUGUCUGUCAGUGAUUGUGUCUGUGUAUAGCUGUCAGUCUGUUACAGUGUGUCUGUGAGUGAGCGUGAAUAUCUGCCAGUGUGUUUGUAAGUGAGUGUGUGUCUGUGAGUGAGCGUGUGUGUCUGUCAGUGAUUGUGUGUAUGUUUGUCAGUGUGUCUGUGAGUGAGUUUGUGUGUAUGUCAGUGAGUGUGCGAGUGUCUGUCCGUGAGCGUGUGUCUGUGUAUCUGUGAGUGAGCGAUUGUGUGUGUGUAUGUCAGAUUGUGUCAAACCAGUGAGUGUGUGUCAGUACACUUGAGAGUGUGACUGUCAGUGAGUGGCUCCUUUGUGAGCAGCAGAGUAAUGCCGGGUGCCAGUGUGAGUCAAAGUGUGUUAGUCUUUAACAGGAAGAGGUGAAGCCUUAACAGGAGGAGUCCGGGGAAAUUUAAAUUAGGGGGUGCCCGAGUUCCGUCAUGCCUAGGGCACCGCAGAUCCAAAAUACAGCACUGGAGCAGCUGCAGCACGAGUAAUUUAAUUUGAAAAUCCGUUCCAUGCUUUCAUUUAUUAAAAAAAAAUCUAAUUCCCCCCCCCCAAUUAAAUGACUCCUGCUGCUGCUAGGGCACAGUUUUAAAAAACAGAACUGAAGGAUGGUCCAUUAUGCUACAGACUGGAUGUUUGAGAAAGCUUUGGAUUUUUUUAGGAUGGAAGGGGUGAGUGCGGGUCAAUUGUCCGCUGACUCAAUAUCCCUUAUUUUCAUCUUGAAAUUAAAUUUUUACACGAAUAUAAAACAGCAAAACGCAUUACAAUCAAUCAUUAUAAACCUCUUUAAAAGGGCUCUUCCAGCUAGCAUGCUCUCUAUGGGUAAUGUGACAGCAUCCUCGAUGGGCCAACUUGGAUUUUACUUUAAUGCGUGACAUUUUUGUCCGCAUUUUCUUUCAGCAAUCUGGUCCUCUUUAUUUAAAAAAAAAACGGCGAACGGACCUAAUGUUUUUUUUUUAAUAUUUGUUUUUUUUUGUUGGCAUUAUGAAAAUGUUAAACCUUCCUUGUACCUUAAAAAAGAGAGAGAAUGGAGUAAGUGUAACCAUUCACCGGCAGGCAGGUGGAUCACGCUCCAUAAGUGAGGACCUCAAGAAAGUAAAAAUCUCAUAACAUAGUGGUCUUAACCUUUAUUAUUAUAAUGAGCCGAAUAGAAAAUAAAAAUAUAAAAUAUAAACGUGAAAAAACAAAAGUGAUGCCUUCAAUAUGGUAUGUCCAGUCAGAGUACUGAGGGGCUGUCUAGUGUGAGUCUCCAGUAUAUCAUGUUUCCUGGGAUUAACCCCUCAAGGAUUCAAAGGUUGCUCACAUGUAAAUGUAAAGUACAUCACCCCACUGUCAUCAAAUCUAAGGGGUGACUGCAAACAGAUAAUUAUCAUAGAUCACCCCAUUAGCAUCAAUUGUGAGAGGUGGUUACAGAUAAAUAAAUAAAUAAAUAACUAAAUGAACCCCUUGAUCGUGGGUAAACCUAGCAAGAGAUUCCCAGGUCGUCUAUUUUAUACCAAUGAAUCACUGAUUAUGUGUAUUGGAGACUGACAUUAUCGCUUCCAUAUGUCUCAAAGUGCUUACUGAUAUUGCUUACAUAGCGUGCGUGGUGCACUUAUUUCGAUCGGUAUCACAGAGUUGUCAGUGAAUAGGGGCUACGGAUGGAUAUUGUGACGAAGUGCCCUUCGCCACUUGGUCCUGGAGAGGCCUACUUGCCAGCCUCCUCCCCUGUGACUAUGACUCUUUCAUCUAUCUGGCUGUAAAGCCCCUAGUCUACCUUCAGACAGACUAUUUAUGUGGGCUGCUUUAUUUAUCCUAUGUUUUAGUCACCCUGUACCCAUUAUAGGUGGAGGGUGUGUGUAAUGUAAUUGUUUAUAGUGUGUGUGUGUGUACUGUGUAAUGUAUUGCCUGCUCUCUUGUAUUGCUGAGGUUUGCUACCAACUAGGUGGGUUUGGCUAUGGAGCUGGUCUAGUGCCCUCUGUUGGUAGCAACAGCAAUAUGCACUACCUGAAUUGCAAGACUGGUUCAUUUGCAUAUUCGGGUAGAUUUGCAUAUUGCUAAUUCUGCAGGCAGGUGAGAUAUUUACUGUUAAAUAUUGUCUCCCCCCACCCCUUUAAAAAUGUGCCAUUGUGUUGUGAUAAGUCACUGUGUGUUUCUUGAUAUGGUUUGACUGUUUGUGAUUUUAUUGAGGUUUCACAACAAUGUUAUUGUGGUGACUGUAUUGGCUGGUCCCAAGGGAAUAAAGGUUUUGACAGUUCUUCUUGACCCUUCAAAACGUAGCCUUGUCUCGUUCUUGAAAGGGGAAUCUCUGCAGCUUAAUCACUUAGCUCUUUUAAGAGCUUGUUCCUGACACGCUCUCCUUGGAGGAGGGGUCUUCACCACACAGUCCUGGAUGCUGGAGGUUCAUACAGGGUGGAAGGAAGAGUUCUUUCCCACACAGUCCUGGAGGACAGAAGCUGAUCCAGGGUGGAAGGAAGACGGCGAGACUCCAGUCAAGAUACGGCGGUUGCGGAGUCUGCGGUGGUUGUGGUGUCUGCUGCAGCACUUGGAGUCCUCAGGAAGCGCUAGGAGCAUCCGUCAACGGAGGGUACUCAGUCGGAGUACAAGGAGCUCCGUUACAGAUAUACCCAGUAAAACCUGGGUACCCCUCUGUAUGAGGUCCCAUGGUCGUAUGAUCAGCUGGUGAAGGGUUAUGUCCCAUUAGUACUUGGACUACCACUUAAACAGUAUAUUGUGGAAUUACUGUUCCAUACUCAAUAUCAAACUAACAGCAAAGGCAUAGUGAGCGCAUAUUAAUAAAUACACCAGAAGACGAAUGACCAGUGGCUCCUGUCGUUUUAAUUAAUACAGAAGUAGCGAUCAUGCUGUACAGUGGUUAGAUGCAGUAGUAGUUAAAAUCUAGGGAGGUCCGAGAACUAAAUGAUGCCCAGAUAGACCUGGUAAUGUUAAUAGUGCUAGUCAUGAGGAUGAUGGAUAGAUACACAUAUUGCAGUGUUAUGCCAAAUAGAAAUUGAGGUUUGCCACAUAAAUGAGAAAUAAAUGAUCAGAAGAAAGUUUCUUUACAAAGAUACUGGCUUAUAUCCACUCUAAACUAUACAAUAUAUACAAAAUAAUGGAAAAAGGAUAUAAAUAAAAUGAAAAUUAGUACAAACACUGAAUUAAAUAUUUACAGAGGAAAGGUAUACCCCUCAAAUAAAUGGAGAAAAAGAAAAGCCUUCAUUUAGACCUUUUGGCUUGAGGGUAUUUAGUUUGUAUAUCCAUCUGCAUUCUUUUUGACAAAGGAUCUUAUCAAAGUUGCCCCGUCUUUGGUCACGUUUGACCAGUUCAAGGCCACAUAAUCUUAUCUCCCUUGAUAUCCCUUCGUGACAAUCUUUCAAAUGUCUCGAGAUUGGAGUCUCAACCCGAUUUUUAGGGGAUUUAACGUGCUCUUUGAUCCGUUCCUUAAACGGCCGGAACGUCUUGCCCACGUACAUUAGUUUACAACUACAGGUCAGUAGAUAAACUAAUCCUGCAGUGUUACAGUUGAAAAAAUUAGUAAUAUCAUAAGAAUGAUUUCCUUCACUAUCAGUCACGCGUUUGGAUUCACGUGACAUAUAUUUACAGGUGACACACCUACCGCACCUGUACUUGCCAAUCGGUAUGUUCCGCCUGAGCCACGUGGUUGGGGAGGUCACUUUUGUGGAGAAAUGGCUUGGGACUAGUAAGUCACAGAGGUUCUUGCCCCUACGUGUUGUGAUUGAUGCUCUUGGACCUAGGACAUCCUUAAUGUGGGCAUCCUGUAAGAGAAUGGGCCAGAAUCUAUAUUUUAUUAUAUUAUAACCCUUCAUCAGGACAAAGACACAAUUCAGUAACAUUUAUAUAGACACCCAGCUAAAUUUAAUAUAUAGUAACUCUCCUCUAGUACAUUAGCCACAUUGUAUAAUUAAAUAAGCCCCCUGAGGAUCAAUGCCACAUUUAAUUACAUACCAACAAUCCUGCAGCCAUAAUUCUUUAAAUAGCAACACUACCCCAGCCACCACCCCAAUAUUUCUCACUUUGUACCCAAACAAAACCCAAUGUAUCUCCACAUUUUGUUAUAUUAUAGUUCUUUUUCAGGACCCACCUUUAUUUCAUAACAUAAUAACUCUCAUGUAGAACCUGAGCUAUAACUCAUUAUAUAGUAACCUCCCCAGUCACAAUUUAUUAUAUCGUAACUUCCACGCACAACACAGCGACAUCUCAUUAUAUAGUUAGCAAUCCCCAGGGUCUCACCAGUAGCUUCAAGCUUUUUUAAGUUUAUUUUUUCUACAUUAGGUUAACAGACUCAGAAGAACGCGGAACAAUCAACAGUUGCAAAAUAAAGUGAAAGAAAUGAGUGGUGACAAAAUGACAGAUCAUAUUCUAGACCAAAGGAAAAACAAGGUUGACAGUGGUGAGGUAAGUGAGAGUCAUGAAGGAUUUUUCUUUUAUAUCAGUAUUAAGGCCACAAAUAGGUCAUAUACGUAAGAGGUAGCUUCAAAGGUGCACAGGGGCAAUCAAGAAUAACAGCUCCUAUCUGGCACUGCCCUCAAUGUUUGGGCACCAUUGCGGUGAAUUAUUCAUGAGAUUUAUUAAAUGAUACUUAAUAAUCUCAGAAUUUUAGCUUGGCUGAAAUGCAGCUUAAUUUAGGACAGCUUGGUCUGCUUACAUAAAUGGUUUAGAUUUAGAUAUAUUUAUCUGAGUAACUCUCGUAAAUCCUAGUUGUGACAGCAGAAAAUUUACAUCCCUCAAAUGCAAAUUGCUUAACCUGUAGAACUUAUAAUUAUGCAGAUCCUCUAUUCAAAUGUAGAAAUUGACAAUAAAAAUGGGCAUCAGUGAAAAGAUGUGAGGAACCAAACAGCCUAAUAUGUUUCAUGCAUUAGCAAUUUUUCAAAGGCUGGUAUUUGUCCGUGAUGUGGCUCUUGAACUGUGUCUUUGAGAUUGGUCUUUUGGUCUGCUCCUAAAUAUUCAUGUUUCAUUCAGUGUUUCCUUACAAUAAAUGAAAUGCCUACAAUUUGGCACAUGAGUGCAUGCCAUAUCAUUGAAUUAUAUGGUGAUUAUCAGAAUUUGAGUGGACAAUGUUUACAUCAAAACUAUUUUUAACAUUCAUACUUGUUUUUAGGUUACUCUUGAUCAGCAGAUAAAACAUAAAAUACAUUCCAACAGUUGCAGCACGUGGAUAUUCAUGAAUGCUCUUUUUGUAAAAGUAAAUCUAUUAAGACCUGCAGUAGAAUAGAGCCAUGUGCAAUUAUUUAAUAUGCCUUGUUGUCGUUUUAGACAGGUGAAAUUUAUAGGAUGGCACGCAAAACACAUGAUCAGGAAACACAGCUACGCUAUCUUGCAGAAGCUCACAGCAAGCAAAUUAAUGACAUUAUGUCUCAAAAUAAGCUUUUGGAAAAACAACGGGAUGGUACGUAUGUAAAUAACCCUCCUUAUUUAAAAAAAUACACUCCAAUACAUUACACAAACCUAACUUUUCAAAGCUCUAGUGUAGCAACAGGGUUGUAGUUGUGACUGGGCCUCAGAGUCCCAUAGAAGUUCCGCUCUUAUUCCUGGUGGCCUAGUGAGGGGAUGAAUGAUAUGUGAUCUGGGCACUCUCAGUGUUUGUUGUAUGAACGCAGUGAGUGUGUAAUAUGACUUCAUACAUUCAAGCGAUCUGUAAUACAAAAGAGAAAAUGGUUAAAAAAAAUCACGGAAGUGGGAGCUCCAAAAGCAGAACUUAUUGUUAGAGCUCCAGGGAACUGGAAAGUUCAUACCAUAAAGGUAACAGUUGGCAAUUUGUUGUCUUCAGUUCAAUUCUGAUAGUUAAGCAUUUUAUGAUUUCAGGAUUAACAUGAACUGAGAUAAUUUACUUUUGAAUCAGUGUUCAUCCCAAGUGCAUUUCACUAUACCUUUCUUUCAUAUUUCUUAUAUUUACUUUCUAUGCUUGGUUUAAUGUUUGAUUACUCAUUCAUUGUAUAACAGAGGUUCCACUAGUUGACCCGCAAGAACAUCUAAAUAAUAUUUUUCUGCCUAUUUAGCUAAGAUCCAAUUUAAUACACUAUAAUAAAGCAAAGAGGUGGUGUAAAAAAAUAGACAAGCAAAUACAAUUGUACUACGGAAUCUGUUGUCACUAUAUAAAUAGCAAAAUUAAUAAUAAUAAAUACUAAUACUGUACAAUGUAAGAUAUUACUGGUUGCAUUAUUAAGUGAAAUUAAAUCUGAUUUUGAAAACUUGUUUUAAUGGAAUUUCAGAUAUUGUGCAGAAAUUGAAUGAAAUAUCUGCUCAAAACAAGAACACAGGUUAUCUAGAAAAAAUGAUAAAAUAUUUGUCUGAUCAAGAGCAGAAGAAUGAACUACUUCUUACAACCAUGAAGCAACAGAUAGACAUGCUGCAGGUUGAAGCAAUGUAAGAUGGUUAUAUACUGUGUUCUUUCAGACAUGCUAUCAAGUAAUAUGUUUAACGUUUUUGUAUUUUUGUAGAUUUCCUUAUAGUUCUCAGCACCCACUUCUCUAUGUCCAUAUUUACUGUCAUAUCUCUCUCAAUUAACUAUACCCAACAUGCACCUUCACACCGUUUAGUCCUUCAUUAUUAUUCUGAUAAGUAAGCAAAUUUCUAGGCAUGUGUCCUAAACAAGAUUACAUAUUAACUUUUAACUUAAUUUUUCUUCUAAUAAUUUUUAAAUAAACAAACAAUUAAAGCCAAAUUGACCCUUAUAAAGUCUUAAACAACCUUAAAUAUUAUAUGCUGGUAAAUGUUAUUGGUUGAAUAUGCCUUGGUCUUGACGAUCAUCCACUAGGAGUACCAAUAGGGAGUGAGUCUGCAGAGAGCCAAUAUCUGCUCUAUCUGGUGGGCAUGGAGCAGGAACUCGAGUAGGUGAAUUAGCUUUGUUAAAGUGGUCUCCUUUUUCUUUCUCUGAUGUAACAGCCGUGUGAGUAUCUGCUAUGCUUUAUUUGUGUUGAUUUAGUUUGUAUUAAUAAACAUAUCUAUUUAAUCUAUUUUUAUAUGGACUUUUAUAAAAAGUAUUUUUUAUAAGUUUAGCAAUCAAUCCUUUUAUAGAAUGUAUUUGACAUUUAAUAUCAAAUAGGUUACACUGGGUUAUAACAUCUUAUGUUCCUUAGGGGACACAUAGGAUAAGUUACAAGUAAUAAAAUUGUUUGGAUUUAUGGUUAUGUAAAUCUGUUUUUAAUAUUGUUUAUUCUCUUUUUGUUUUUCAGGAAAAAAGCAAUGCAAAGCAGGCAUAGUGACCACCCAGAAUCUCGAAGAAUAGAAAAGGUCCCGUCUCACCCACGCCAUGCCUAUCUUCCCUUCAUUGGAGGAGGAGGUCUAUCUUCUGAGAUCAGGUAAAAUGAAGGGACUUACCAAAGCUCAGAUGUGUUAAAGAAAAAUAAAAGGUAAUUUAGAUUACUUAAGUAUACAUCCCAUAAGUUUAUUAGGGAAUGUUGAUUUGUGCAAAAUGCACAAAAGAGCACUUAUAACAUCUCAAAAAAAAAGAAAAGGGAGUACAAGAUACUUGGCAUCAAAUCCUAAGUGGGCAUAACAUGUCAUAAACGUUUACAUCCAAGCAAUGGUUACAUCUAAGGGGACACUCUAAGCACCAACCAUCUUUAAAUACAUGAAUUGGUUUGGUGUAUAGAUCAGGCCCCUGAAGUCUCACUGCUCAUUCUGUUGCCAUUUUAGAGAGAAUUCACUAAUUCUGCAACUCGAGGCACACCGCCCAUGGCUGAAACUCUCACAGCCUCCCUCCACACUUGCCAGAAGAGUCUACAUUCUUUAGCUUUCCUAUUAUUGCACAGUAUAUUUAAUUUAGAAAUCCUUAUCUCCAACUCUGUUAAUAGUCGGCUAGUGCCUGUAACAGUCUCGUGUGUAUAAUUAAAGUUCAAUUAACAGAGCAGGAGAUAAAAUCUUCUAAAGUAAAUACACUCUGCUGUAAAAUCUGAUUGGAGGGGGAAAAAGUCUUUUUUUUUCAUCAAAACUGGGUGAGUCACAGCCAGGAGAGGUGUGGCUAGAUCUGCAUUAACAAAAGCAAAAGGGAUUUAACUCUAAAAUGGCAAAGAAUUGAACAGUGAGACUACAGUGGCACGAUCUAUAUACCAAAACCACUUUAUUAAGCUUUUUUUAUUUGGUACUUAGAGUAUGCCUGCAAUCAGGCCCGGACUGGCCAUCGGGCACACCGGGCAAAUGCCCGGUGGGCCGCGAUGGCCGUGGGGCCGAGGCCGGCAGGGGAGAUCACAGGAUCUCCCCUGCCGGCCCGUGCAGGGCCAGCGCUACCCGAGCGCUGGCCCUGCAUAGUGCCUCCAUGGGCCGGUGGGGAGAUCAAAGAUCUCCCUCACCGGCCCACAGGCAUUGAAAUGCGGCCGCCGGCUGGGGAGGGAGGAGAGAGGACCCGGCGGAGCUCUAACAAGCAGCUCCGCCGGAUCCUCUUGCGGGAUUCAUCUCGCGAGAGUGAACUCUCACCAUUGGGCCACCAGGGAAGGCAGCACGGCUCCCCACCCCCCCCUCCCAGGAUAAAGGUAAGAAGGGAGGGGGGGGAAAUAUAUUUUUUUUUUUUUUAUAUUAGUAAAAAAAAAUAUUUAAAUUUAAAUAAAAAAAUACAUCACCCAGAUACAGCACCCCCAGACACAGCACCCCCAGACACAGCACCCAGACAAUAAAAGCACCCCCAGACACAAGCAACCCAGACACAAAGCACCCCAGACACAGCACUCUGCACACAGCACCCCCAGACACACACAGCAACUCCAGACACAGCCCCCAGACACAACAGCAACCUCAGACACACACAGCAACUCCGGCAGACACAACACAGCAACUCCCAGUGACACACACCAAAAACCCCAGACACACACACCGCACCCAGACACACACCGCAAACCCCAAGCAGACACACACAGCUAACCCCCAGACACACACAGCACCCCAGACACACACCGCAACCCAGACACAACACAGCAACCCCAGACACACACAGCAACCCCAGAUACACACAGCACCAGACACACAGCACCCCAGACACACACAGCAACCCCAGACAACACACACAGCACCCAGACAACAACAGCUAACCCCCAGACACUGACCGCAACCCAGACAAAGGAAACCCCAGCAGACACAAACACAACUCCCCAGACACAGCGAAACCCAGACACACACAGCACCCCCAGACACACACAGCACCCAGACACACACAGCACACCCAGACUCACACAGCGCACCCAGACACACACAGCGCACCCAGACACACACAGCACCCCCCAGACACAGCACCCCCUAGACACACACAGCACCCUCAUAUAUAUAUAUAUAUAUAUAUAUAUAUAUAAAAUAACCCUCAGUGAGUUAACAGGCAAAGAAAAUUAGAAACCUAGAAUGUGACAGCAGAUAAAAACACCCUCACACACAGCACCCCUCUUACAUACACACACUGCGCCCCUCACACAUACAAUAAGUCCAAAUAUAUAUACAUACACACACACUACAGCACCCCUCACAAUGCACCACUACACAUUACGCUCCAGAUACACACUAGAUCCCUUACUCUAUAUGCACUCUUUAUCCUCUAUACACACACACACACACACACACACACCGGGUCCUUUACACAGUAGAUCUCCUACACACACACACUACAUUCCUUGUCAGCAAACACAUACAACAUUCUCUAAACACACCCUCUCUGCAACCCCUACACACACCACGUCACCUAUACACACACACUUCAGCCCGUAUGCACACACUCGCUGCAUCCCCUAUAAAACUAUGCCCCCUAUACACACACUCUCUACAGCCCCUAGCCAUACAUAUUACACCACAAACACAAAUUAAAUUGACCUAUUUAUACAAUACCACACCACACCACACUCUACACACACGCAAUCCCACAAGCAGGCUCCAAACACAUGCACCAUACACUUUCCUGGCCCUUUUGUCCUCUGGUAUCCCACUUGUGGAGACACCAGAGACAAUUUAAAAGCAAACACAACACAAGCAUGUUAUUACAUUUGCUUGCGCUGGGCAGAACAAAUACAGGGCCUUUUUCUAAUGCCAGAACUCUUCAGCAGGGCUCUGGGCAUUGAACCAACAUGCUCACUUUGAGAGGGGGCGUGUUGUCAUUAGUGAUGACAAAACACACCCUCUCUGGCCCCGCCCCCUUCUUAGGGGGCCGCUCUGAUUGAAAAAUGCCUGGGCCUAAUUUUUUUCCCAGUCCGGCCCUGCCUGCAAUAAAUAAUUUGAUUUACAUUAAUUUAAUCCAAAAACAAAUAUUGAUUAAUAAAUGACUGAAUUGAAAGCCAAAAUUUCAUUUGGUGCCAUUUGGUCAUUUGUUGAUUGGCUGUUGCUCUGUUGGGUGCAUAAAUAAGUAAAAUAUGUAUAAAUAUACACAACUACUUUUUUUUAUCUUGCAAUAUUUCGGAGUUUCCUUUGUAAUAAUGUUUUCAUAUUUUCAUUUUAACACUAUAUACAUAAACAUACAGGGAGUGCAGAAUUAUUAGGCAAAUGAAUAUUUUGACCACAUCAUCCUCUUUAUGCAUGUUGUCUUACUCCAAGCUGUAUAGGCUCGAAAGCCUACUAACAAUUAAGCAUAUUAGGUGAUGUGCAUCUCUGUAAUGAGAAGGGGUGUGGUCUAAUGACAUCAACACCCUAUAUCAGGUGUGUAUAAUUAUUAGGCAACUUCCUUUCCUUUGGCAAAAUGGGUCAAAAGAAGGACUUGACAGUCUCAGAAAAGUAAAAAAUAGUGAGAUAUCUUGCAGAGGGAUGCAGCACUCUUAAAAUUGCAAAGCUUCUGAAGCGUGAUCAUCGAACAAUCAAGCUUUUCAUUCAAAAUAGUCAACAGGGUCGCAAGAAGCGUGUGGAAAAACCAAGGCGCAAAAUAACUGCCUAUGAACUGAGAAAAGUCAAGCGUGCAGCUGCCACGAUGCCACUUGCCACCAGUUUGGCCAUAUUUCAGAGCUGCAACAUCACUGGAGUGCCCAAAAGCACAAGGUGUGCAAUACUCAGAGACAUGGCUAAGGUAAGAAAGGCUGAAAGACUACCACCACUGAACAAGACACACAAGCUGAAACGUCAAGACUGGGCCAAGAAAUAUCUCAAGACUGAUUUUUCUAAGGUUUUAUGGACUGAUGAAAUGAGAGUGAGUCUUGAUGGGCCAGAUGGAUGGGCCCGUGGCUGGAUUGGUAAAGGGCAGAGAGCUCCAGUCCGACUCAGCAAGGUGGAGGUGGAGUACUGGUUUGGGCUGGUAUCAUCAAAGAUGAGCUUGUGGGGCCUUUUCGGUUGAGGAUGGAGUCAAGCUCAACUCCCAGUCCUACUGCCAGUUCCUGGAAGACACCUUCUUCAAGCAGUGGUACAGGAAGAAGUCUGCAUCCUUCAAGAAAAACAUGAUUUUCAUGUAGGACAAUGCUCCAUCACACGCGUCCAAGUACUCCACAGCGUGGCUGGCAAGAAAGGGUAUAAAAGAAGAAAAUCUAAUGACAUGGCCUCCUUGUUCACCUGAUCUGAACCCCAUUAAGAACCUGUGGUCCAUCAUCAAAUGUGAGAUUUACAAGGAGGGAAAAUAGUACACCUCUCUGAACAGUGUCUGGGAGGCUGUGGUUGCUGCUGCACGCAAUGUUGAUGGUGAACAGAUCAAAACACUGACAGAAUCCAUGGAUGGCAGGCUUUUGAGUGUCCUUGCAAAGAAAGGUGGCUAUAUUGGUCACUGAUUUGUUUUUGUUUUGUUUUUAAAUGUCAGAAAUGUAUAUUUGUGAAUGUUGAGAUGUUAUAUUGGUUUCACUGGUAAUAAUAAAUAAUUGAAAUGGGUAUAUAUUUGUUUUUUGUUAAGUUGCCUAAUAAUUAUGCACAGUAAUAGUCACCUGCACACACAGAUAUCCCCCUAACAUAGCUAUAACUAAAAACAAACUAAAAACUACUUCCAAAAAUAUUCAGCUUUGAUAUUAAUGAGUUUUUUGGGUUCAUUGAGAACAUGGUUGUUGUUCAAUAAUAAAAUUAAUCCUCAAAAAUACAACUUGCCUAAUAAUUCUGCACUCCCUGUAGCUCCUUAAUUUCUAAUUUGUCAGAUUAGAAGAUCUUUAACUUUGUUUUCACCCUGUGCUAUCUUUCACCCUGCAGGAUCCAAUUCUCAUCCUCUGCAUCUUUGCAGAGGCAUUGUAAAUAUCAUAUCAUCCCUAAGCUAUUUUGAUCUAAAUUGUGUAAUUAUCUGGUCAGUUUUCUCUCCACUUUCUGACAUAGUGCGUAAACUUCUAGGUACCAAAACCACUUUAUUAUACUGGUUAGUGUGGAGAAUUCCAUUUUACUAGGAUAUUUAUACUUAGUGAAGGUGAAAUGAAAAAAAGUCUACUUAAUAAAGUGAUUAUUGUCUUUGUGCUCAGUGCCUUGCGUCUGACUUACCUGCAAAAUGGAGGAAAUGAUCGUAUGAUCUUAGCACACUUACAGGAACUUUUAACAGAAGCACAGAUGAUAGAACAACGAGAAAAACGAAUGCGACCAAUUCGCAAGAAAACCAAAAGUAUGUAGCACACUGGUUAAUUUACCAGAAAAUCAUUUACAACGCAGGUUGUUAGCAUAGUGAAAAUGUUGCUUGAAAGAAUUUAGAGGUCACAGAACAUGCAGUAAUUAAUUAUUUACUGUUUCAGUCAGGGUCGAUGGCUAUUAUUUCAGAAUUUCAGUACACAAGUCUUUGUUUUGAAACAUUUGUUCUAGUGCAAUUAUCUAAUGAAAGCCAUAGCUUUGCUCUCUAGUCACAUCAAUUAAAUGUCUGUUCAUAGUGAGCCAGGGAUCUGUCUUGCAGGGUCAGCAUUACACAGCUAAUGUUUUUGUAGUGGAUUUUUUGACUAUGCAUUGUUCCCCUACAAUACUAGUAUUAACACUAGUUUUGCCCUUGCAACUAAAUAUUAGAGUUUCUAUUGACAUUUUUUUUUUUUUUUACUUUUAUUGAUAUUGCUGACCUUCUAAUAGUCCUGAUUUACACAGGAAAGCACCAGUUUCAGAGUCCUGUCCUUCUAUCCUGGUUUUGUUCCAUGUGGUCUAGGUAAACUAUCCUCAGCCAGCACAGUGUGAGCGCAUCAUUGGACACAUUCUUGCUGUGCUAAAGGCACUAGGAUCAUAAAUAAAGUACUGUAAGAGUGCACUUUCUGCAUGGUCUGUUCUCUUUCCUAUUUUGGGCUUUACCAGCAACACAGAUUGCAUCAUAGGCACUCCCCACCCAAGGUCCGCCCACCCCCACCCAAUUACAUACCUCCCAUUGGACAAACUUACAUGGCAGUAAUUCUGUUAUUAACUCUAGCAAUAGGAAAGUUAUUAAUUAAAUACAAGAGAAGCAUCUUAGAGCUAUGAUAAUAAGGUUAAUAUGGUGUAAUAAGAAAACUGUCCAAAUGCUACAGUCUUUUCCUCAAAAUAAUCUAUAAAAUCACUUCUCCCUUUAAUAUUCCACAAGAGCGAUCUCAGUGAUGUGCACAAAAUGGUGAAUUUGCUUAGCAUUUUACAAAUCUGCAAGUUUCACAAAAGAGUUGGAAGUUGUGAUUUAUGCCUUAGAAGUAUUGGCAAAUGUUUUUCUUACUGCUUCUUCACAAUCUGCAAGGAUUGAAUGCAGGUUACUCUUCCUGUACUACUUUUUAUCCUUUUUACCACCCCAGCCCUUUUGGCACACAAACCAGGAUCUAGGCAUUUUCUGGAUUCUGUUUGUAUAGGGCUACUGAUUCAUUGGUGUGUCUAGAGUACCUGGUAGGGGACUCUUCACCAUCUCAAUGUGUGGAGUGCAGGAUAGUCAGGCAUACAUUCAGUCAGGCCUUUUCAGUCCCUCAAGGUUCAGUUCUUGGUCCCCUUUUAUCGCUCUAUACUGCCUAUCUUGGCAAACUCAUUCAUUUGUUUGGAUUCUGCUUCCACCUGUACUCUGAUGACACCCAGAUAUAUCUCUCCUUCCCUGACCUCUCCCCUGCUGUCCUACAACGUGUCACUAAUUUCCUUUCUUUCAUCUCUGACUGGAUGUCUUCCUGCUUUUUGAAACUCAAGCUCUCUAAAACUGAACUCCUUGUCUUUCCUCCUCCUAAUACUGAUCCCCUUCUCAUCAGUCCAUCCAUGCAAGCACGUUGUAUUGGCGUUAUACUUGAUUCUGGCCUCACCUUUGAACCUCACAUCCAGUCUGUCACCAAAUCCUCUUCUAAUUGGCCUUCCCAGAAGCCGCAUUGCCCCGCUACAAUCUGUAAUGAAUGCUGCCUGUAGACUGAUUUUCCUCUCCAGUAGCUCCUCUCACACUUCACCCCUCUGUCAGUCCUUACAUUGGCUUCCUGUAUCUAAUAGGAGUCAAUUCUAAGUACUAAUCCACACUUAUAAAGCACUGAAUGAUUCUACCCUCUCCUAUAUCUUAUCACUGAUCCAUAAGUAUGCCCCAUCUCGGUCUUUCUGUUCUGUCGAUGAUCUUCUCCUGUCUGCUGCUCGCACCCAGACGGCCAACUCAUGCUUGCAGGACUUCUCGCAGGCAGCUUCCUUCCUUUGAAAUAGCCUGCCUACCGCCAUCAGACUCUCCCCUAGUCUUCAAUCGUUUAAGAAGUGCCUUAAAACCCAUCUCUUUAGGAAAGCUUAUAGCCUCACAUACCUCUUGCUCUCUCCUAAAGGGCAGCACUCUACUCACUCCUCCUGCCUCACUCCCACCUUGCUUGAUUGUGAUCUCCUGUCUUCCUGUGUUUAUACCCCACCUCCUCUAAACUGUAAGCUUGUUUGCGCAGGGUCCUCUUCAUCAUAUUGUUCCUGUGAGUUUUUGUAAUUGUCUCAUUUAUUGUUAAAUCUCCCCCUCCUAAAAUAUUGUAAAGUGCUACAGAAUUUGUUGGCGCUACAUAAAUGCCGAUAAUAAUAAUAAUCAAACAGGAUUCUUUGCUAAAGUUAGAUUUAAAAAGGUAGAGUAUAGCACAUAAUUGAGCAGGAUCUAUGAGAGUAGAAUUUCAGAGUUACUGUUUUGUGGUCACCAAGCACCCAAAGGUAUGUGUUCUUCCAGAACAAUAGAAAAAUCAUCUUGUCCUGUUAAGUUGUUCUAUAUUACUGGAUGUCAUAAGACUGUACUGUUCUGUGUAUUUAGGAGAACAUGGGACAGUAAAGUGGCACAUGAAUGAGAAGUUAAUCAAUCUUGAAAUUGAAAACCAACAAUUAGAGGAACAACUCUUCAAACUUCAGCUGCAAAGACAGAAAAAUAGCAGGCUUCCUUGGACAACCCAUGGAGGUAACUGAGCGUAUUUUAUUUUGUUUACAUGUGUCCUAAUGGCUCAGUUAAAGCAUACGAUAUAUGGAAAGCAGCAUACAAUAUUUUUAGAUGGAUUAGGUUCCAAAGACAAUGUCACCAGAGAUUGUGCUCCAAAUUUAAUCCAGAUACAAACUGAACCAAAUGGAUCUAAACUAGUAGGCUAGUAGUCAGGGACAGAUCAGAAGUCAUAAGACAAUCAGUGAAUUGUAGACACCAGUCCAUUUUCAGGCAAUGGUGAGCAUUAUAUUAGAAGCAAACAAGAACACAGACCCAUCAUAGAACAGGCAGAGAAAUUAUAGCUCUGAAAAAGAAAGAAACCCCAACAUGAAAGUGUAUAUGUCUGGAGUAAAUCAGAUGUAGGAGACAAAACAUUUUAUUAUGUGUCCUACUGAAAAUAUAUAUUUUUAACUUGAAUUUCUGGCCAGCAAUAUGUGUGAUGAACACCUAAUUGCUUAGAUAAUGGGGUGGGACUUGACUGGGCUGUGUCUGAAUUUUAUAACAUGACAAGGAAGUUGCACUUAAAAAGUAACUUCAAGCACCGUGACCACUUCAGGAAUAUGAAGUGACCGUAUUGCCUGGGAACUAUAUGUAGAGCAUUUCGCUUGGAAAUGCUGCAUGUACCAACUCCAAGUCCUGGGCUGUAAAAUGUCAAUUAUGUGCAACUUUCAUUGCGCAUAAUGUCAGUCAUUGGCUGAGAGUAGUCCGCGUUCUCAGCCAAUGACUGGCGAUGACCCAAGCCAGAUUACAGAAGCGCCUCACUGGACCACAGGUAAAUGAGAAGACUGAGUCCAUCUUGGCUAGUAUGCACAUUCCUCCCCCUGUCACUGUUUUAAAAAUGUAUUACACUGCGCCCUUUUAAGACUUAUAAGACAUGAGUCUUUUGGUGAAAAAUUAAGGUUUUUGUGGUGGAUGUUCUGAUAAGUUAAUGUUUUGGGGUAUUUGUUAAUUGUUUGAAGUUUUUUUUUAGUAAUGUUUCAAAUCCAUUUAAGUGCUGAAUUUGCCAAGUAUUGAAUUCAGUGAUGUAUCCUGGCUUGUGCUGCCCUAGGCAGGACAAAACUCAGGUGCCCCCCUCCCCCGCGCCACCCCCACCCAACCCUUCCCCCCGCCCCACCUUCUAAAUACACACACACACACAGUCAGACACACACAAACACACAGUCAGACACAAACACACAGUCAGACACAAACACACACACACAGUCAGACACAAACACACACACACGCACAGUCAGACACAAACACACACACACACACAGUCAGACACAAACACACACACACACAGUCAGACACAAACACACACACACAGUCAGACACAAACACACAGACACACAGUCAGACACAAACACACACACACAGUCAGACACAAACAGUCACAAACAAACACACACAGUCACAAACACACACACACACACACACAGUCAGACACAAACACACACACACAGUCAGACACAAACACACACACACACACAGUCAGACACAAACACACACAGAGUCAGACACAAACACACACACACAGUCAGACACAAACACACACACACACAGUCAGACACAAACACACACACACAGUCAGACACAAACACACACAGUCAGACACACACACACACAAUCACUCACAUUAACUUUUUUUAAAUCCCCUGCCCUCCCAACCUCCUUACCUUUGGGAGUGCUGGGGUGCGGGGUCUCUCUCUCCCUGGUGGUCCAGUGGCUGCCGGUCAGGCAGGCGGCGCUGGCUGCUGUGCGGGCAGCUGGCGAGGGAGCUCUUCCUCUGAGCUGACUGCUCAGCUCCCUCGCGCACCGCAGAGUGAGGCUGGGAGACGGAAUAUGACGUCAUCUUCCGGCUUCCAGACUCACUCUGCUGUCGGCGCGUGAGGGAGCUGAGCAGUCAGUUCAGAGGAAGAGCUCCCUCGCCAGCCGCCCGCUCGGCAUGUCUGUUAGCCGCGAGGCUAACAAGGCAUUUGCCCUGGGCAUUUGGGGGCGGCCUUGCCUUGUUUGCCUCGCGGCUAAUACGUCCCUGAUUGAAUUACUCCUUACAUUUUAGAUAACUCUUCUGCAAAAGGGUUGUGAUCACCAAAAAUUGGGUAUUGAAGGUAUAGGACUCUUUUUCACCUGUGGAAUAAUGAUAAAACAUUGUGUCAAACAGUACUGGAACAGUGGUGGGUUAAUGAUUGCUUCAGCAUUAUUAAACCCUUCACUACCAAAAUGUAUUUCUCAUUUAAAUAGGCAUAAAUAGAAGAUUAUUUAAUGUUGAUGAUUAUUUUAAAAAAAUUUGGUUGGCAUAACUUUAAUUACUUGCUAAACAAUCAAGUUACAGAUAAGAAAACAGUUUUUAACUUAAGUGAAUAACAUUUCUGAAUUUUUUUGCAAGUUAAUAUUGUUGGGUAAGCUAUUCAAAUGAUUUAAUAUUUAGGAUAAGCUAUUCAAAUGAUUUAUAGGAUUUUUUUUUAAACUAAUGUUUUUUUUGUAACCUUAAAAUGCCCUAUUGGGCAUAUGUAGCUAGGUCAUCCCCCUAUUAAAUGGUAAAACAAACUUUUUUUUACUUACCUGUGGUCCAGUACCAGGCAAAGCUUCCGGCACUGAUCUUCCUCCUCCAUCUACUGACCUGUAACGUAGAGAAGUGCAUGCACGCUCUGAGCCGGCGAGGGGAGAGGGAAGGGACUGGGAAGGCACAGAGGGAAAAAAAAUUGCAAUAGAGGGAGAUGGAGGGACCACAUAGAGGAGUUCGGGGGGAUUAACAAAGCUACAAAAUUGACAUUUAGCAGUUCAGAAGAUAGGUCCAGGCUGCCAAUGUCACUUGUGCCAGGAGUGUAAUAAGUCCCCAGCACACAAGCUUUCAAACUUUCAAGCUGUUCAAACUUCAACACUGCAUAUCCUGACUACUACCACCAUGACCACUUCAAAUAGCUGGUCAUGGUAGUUGGAGUAACCCUUUAAUAUUAUGAUACAUAUUUUGAUUUUUUUUUAGUAUUUUGAUAUUGCUUGACAUAUUUUUAUAUAAUUUUUUUUCAAUAUUGGAAUAUUUUGGGGGGAAAAAAGUAAUUUUAAUUUUAUCCAAAAAUAUUUAAUUAUUUGAAAAGGUUAUAUAACAAUAUUAAAUCAAGGUUAUAAUUGCAAAUACACUAUGCUAUAUGCACUCAGUUGUAUAUUUUGCUCCAUGUGUAUAAUAUAUAUUACCAUGACAUUUGUAGGAGCCUUGGAGCCCAGUGGGAACCCAGGUAAGGGAGCAAACCAUUGCUAAACAGUUGCCCCAUUAACAAGAAACUGGCCAGAAUACUACUGGCAUCAUAUGGUUAUGAUGUUUGGAGUAACCAUGUAAAGGAAUGCUAUAAUGAAAGGAAUACAAAUCUGUAUUCCUCACACCAGCGUUUCACAAUUGGUGUUCCGCAGCGAUUUGCCCAUCGGGUGGCCCAAGCAUGUAGGGCCACCAGAUGGGUAUCGCUAAACAGGGGUCUUGUCAGGUGCCGUGGCUGUCUAACAUCGCAAUCGGGCCCAUGUAGGAUAGAGCAUGCGGCUAGAGGGCAAAAGCAGUUGGGACUGAGCAGCCCACCAACCUCAGCCAGCAGCACUAAAGGAAGUCCUGCAGAAAAAAAGUAAGUGAACAGGAGGGUGACUGCAAAUAUAAGCAUGUGCGUGUGUGUGUACCUGUGUCAGUGUGUGUAUCUGUAUUUCAGUGUAUAUCUGCCAGUGUGUAUCUGUGUGUAUUUCAAUGUGUGUGUGUAUGUCAGUGUGUGUAUGUGCUAGUGUGUAUCUGUGUGGUAUGUGCCUGUGUCAGUGUAUCUGUCAGAGUGUGUGUGUGUAUGUGCCAAUGCGUGUAUCAUUGUGCCAGUGUGUGUAUCUGUGUGUCAGUGUAUCUGUAAGUGUAUAUCUGUGUGUCAUUGUAUUUGUAUAUACAAACACCAACUCUAUACACCUGCUCCUAAGUACUACAAUCUGUUUACGGUCUGUAGAAAUUAGUUUGUAUAUAUAUAUAUAGCAAAUGUUCCACGAUGUUGAUUCACUAUGUCAAAGAGUUCCACAGGAAAAAUUAAUUGUGAACCCCUGCCCUAUACUAUAUUUUCAUCCGGACAGCCCUCCCAGGCGCCUACCCACUAGAGGCAGUCUUAGUCCUGCAAGGUAAUUAUUGCAGUUUCUCUAAAACUGCAAUUAUUUACAUUGCAGAAAUAAGGGGGGCGGGGACAGGGACAGGGACACUGCACCACUUCAAUGAGCUGAAGUGGUCUGGGUGUUUUUAGAGUCCCUUUUAUCAUGUAGUUAAUUAACAAUAGAUUGUAACUUACCGCUUUAAUAGUACAUACCUCCGCAUGUGCGACUUUUAAGUUUCACCCCACAUUUAUGUAAAUUGCUUGCCUGCUUUAGAUUAAGAAAGACAUACACAAUUUCUGAUGGGGAAGAUGUAAAUACGACUUUUGAUACAUUUAGGUACCAAGCAACACAUGUAUUCUACUGAUAAAAAUAAUAAAGGAUAAUGUUACUGUAAAAUUAACAUUUGCACCAUGUCUAUAGACAUUUGAUAUAGUAGAUGGUGCACCAAAGAAAAACAAUUGUUGUCAUAGCGUGUCUUAUGUAUGCAAACAAUAAUGUAGCUUGCUCUUGGUUACAGUUGAUAAAGAUAUCUAAACUAUAAACCCUUAUAAACAGAUACCACUUCUUUAAAUCUAACAGAGGUUGCUUCACACACCACUGCAUCACAAUAUGAAGGAAAUUUGCACAAGGCUUAGAAUAGCUCUAUCACGUUUUGAUUUGAAACAGUUUGGCAAGAGUACUGAAAUGAGUUAACGGAACAGCAGCUACUCGAAUACAAUUUAUUUUACAACUGUAAACAUAUUUAAGAAACAGAAAUAAAUAAGAUUAAUUUCUUCAUAUAGCAGUGAAGAGAUUUGCUGAUAUUAUUUGUGAUUCUCAAAUGAUAUGGUUUACCAUCUGUUUCUCGCUCAAAUUGAGCCAUAGCGUUUAAGUAGUUGUGGAAUUUGUGUGUGAUCCACAAGGAUCCUGGCUAACAUCUUGACCCACUAGAAGUUCAGUGUAGUCAAGAUAAACUGGCAUUAGAUGUAUAGGGAGAUAGGGGAUACACAAACCAGAAGAUCAUUAUAGAAAACUGACUAAAGAAUAAAACAACAAUCGGUUGAUCAGGUAGUUUGACAAACUGGAUCACAACAGAAAUAAAAACAGAAACAUCAGCACUAGUGAAGCAGAAGCAAUGUUAGGAUAUAGGCAGGUUUAAAUAAACCAGGUAUAGCUUUCGGUAAUUUUUAAUUUUAAUUUUAAUUUUUUUAUUUACUGAUCCUCAUUCUAACAAAUUAUGAGGAAAUUGUCAUAGAAUAAAUAUUGUCAUGCAGGUAUUACAUCAAAUGUCAACCGUUACAAUACAAAAUAAACAGUAUCGGUGUCGAUAGUGAGCUAAGGUUUUUUAAUAGGACUUUGGUACUACCGGCUCGGUUCAGCCUACUAGGGGCUUUAUGGAAUGGGUUCAACUUAGUGUUACCCUUGCAAAGUCGGGCCAGCCAACAGGGGCAAGAUAGAUAAAUUUAGGGAUUAAGGCGAGUGUAACAUUGAAUAUGGUUUUCAGUUGUCCAAUACCUAGGAGACUGCGUACUGAGAGGAGUAAUGCCUCUGCACAUUCAAGAUAAUGGGGCCCUCAACUAGGCUCAAAUUGAGACAGGAGGUGAGGGGGGUAGAGGGAGGGGGCAGGGUCAGUUGUUGGCUAAAAGGCCAACCAAUCUGAUUGUGGAGUGCACGUUUGCCUUAUCAAAAAUUUCAAAACUUUUAUAACGAAAAGAAAACAAACUUGUAAAAUAGAAAACAUAAGUGUCUCGACUCUAAGUGAGUGGGUCUGGGUAGUCCACAAGCGACCUCAGGUUGUGGCUGCAGAGUAAGCGUCCGAGUCAGGCCUCCAGGGGACAAAUGGGAUGAUAGUCGCUGGGUCCCAUCAGCUUUGGGUAAGUUUUGACUGGAAAAAAAGACUGAAAGAAAAUAAAAGUUAAAUGUCUGAUGUUCUCAUAUGUUAGUGGAAUUGGCUCAUUAUUAUCGUCAGUGUGAUCUUAUAUUUUUAGAGAAUGAAAUCACUUGAGAAACAAGAUAAGCUGUAUAAAAAAAAAAAAAAAAAACGUUAUACCAUUUUAAUACUGUCAUGUCAGGGUAACCGAAGAUCCACAUGCAAAGUAUAGAUCAGCAACAUAACAACAAUAGAUAUGGACCCAAAUGUAGUUCUGAUUAUUAGGAAAGCUGUGGUUAACAUAUAGAACCUCUGGGGAGGUACAAAUAGAGAACAGACUCAAAUAAUCGAGUAAAGGACCACAUUAUGUACAUGAAGACAUUAGCUUUGUGAACCAUCUUUCAAUUUCACAUCUAAUACAAAGGCAAGUUCUGCCAAACAACAUUAUUAUACACUCCUCCUGGAUCUCUGCUGUAUUGGAGAAGGCAGUUCUAACUGCCAUAAACAAUAUAUUGUGCCUUGGGCCUAAUGACUUUUAUGUGCCUGACCUAUUCCGUAGGGACCUAGUAAAACCAACACAUGGGUCCAGUGUUCCAGUCAAGGAUUAUGAACUGUACUACAAUUUCAAAGAACUUGUAACUGCACUGAGUUGGACAUUUUGUUAUAAUUCAGCUGUUUUGGCAAAGAUUGCGCAACACUUUUGUUUCCUGCAACUCCCGGAGGUCCUGUGGGGGACGGUAAAUUGUGUAAGAAUUAAGACUUGAUUUGAGUAGUGAAGUUGGCACAGGGUUUUGGAACUCGGUUUUAUAUGAUUCAUAUGACUCAGGAGAUAUAAAUAUAUUCUAUCAAGCACUGCUCAUAAUGUUCAUUACUUUCUGGCAUCCACUAAAAGUUUGCAAGGGUUGCUUAUGGCUGGCAAGUGAGUUCAUGUGUUAGCUGACAAAAGUUUUGAUACAACAUUUCUAAAAAGAGAGAAUAAUAAAAUAACUAGUAAAAUAAAUACGAUUUUUUUUUUAAAAAUGGCAAGUGCUUAAAGCUCCAAUCAGAAGAAAAUUAUAUUUGGAAAUCCAUUCAACUUUACACACACUGGGUAAGAAAAACUAUAUAUCAACGUCUUUUUUUAAAUCCAAGCCCUUGCCAAGGACACUUGAUGUUAGAUAAUUUCUUACCCAGUAUGUGUGCCCAGUUGAACAGAUUUCCAAAUACACAUUUUUCUGAUUGGAGCUGUAAGCACUUGCUGUGCUUGAGAAAAACUGGCAUUUAAAAAAAAAAAAAGAAGAAGAAAAAUAAAUAUAUAUGAUCUUUUUAUGGGCACACUUAAAAUAAAAUAAAAGCUAAGUUUUGUUAAAUUGUGAAUCCCAAAGUUUUUUGGAUUUAGAAGGCAGUUAUGCAUCCAGGAUUAGGCUAUAGUACUUAUUGCAUUACAUACCAUCAUACGCUUAAGUCUAUUCCACUAACUUUAUGAACCACUUGACUUUGAAUUGGUGAGUGGGUGGGUAGAUGAAUGGAGGGAUUGAUACUUUUAAAGGACCACUCUAGGCACCCAGACCACUUCAGCUUAAUGAAGUGGUCUGGGUGCCAGGUCCCUCUAGGAUUAACCCUUUUUUUUAUAAACAUAGCAUGUUUAUAAUAGGGUUAAUCCAGCCUCUAAAGCUUCUAGUGGCUGUCCCAUUGACAGCCGCUAGAGGCGUUUGCGUGCUUCUCACUGUGAAAAUCAUAGUGAGAAGACGCCAGUGUCCAUAGGAAAGCAUUAUGAAUGCUUUCCUAUGAGACUGGCUGGAUGCGCGCGCAGCUCCUGCCACGCAUGCGCAUUCAGCCGAGGAGGCGGAGAGCUCCCCGCCCGGCGCUGGAAAAAAAGGUAAGAUUUAACCCUUUCCUCGCCAUCCAGCCCGGCGGAAGGGGGACCCUGAGGGUGGGGGCACCCUCAGGGCACUAUAGUGCCAGGAAAACGAGUAUGUUUUCCUGGCACUACAGUGGUCCUUUAAGACCAGUAGUUGUUUAAAAAAUUGGUGUAAAUAAUUUUUAGAAAUGGGAAGAUAUACACGUUAGGAAAUGAUAAUGAUAAAUGCGUAUUUGCUAAUAUAAUUUUGUUGAAGUUGGAUUCAGAGCACUAAACAUUUAAAAUAAAUCUCCCUGUCUCUGUUUCUCCACCUUCUGCAUUUCUUGUGUUGGUUAUUUUCUCAUUGCAGCUGAAGUCGAGAAAAGUGUACAAUUGCCAAAGUUCAUGAGAGAAAAUACCCGUCAAAAUAUAAAGACUCUAAAUGCAGAAUUGGAAGUGUUAAAGCAAGAACUGCAAAUUCAGAAAUUGAAGCGUCGCGUAAAAACCUCAGCUACGCGUCGAGCCAUUCCACAGGCCCUUUCAGUUCUUCCAAUGGUAACUGCAGUUUGUGAAUAUGUGUGAUAUGAUUAUGCUAUGUGCUAAUAUCAAAAACUAUAAAAAAAAAAAGUGACUCCUGCUCUACAGGAAGAAGACAGGCCUGACACUCCAGACCUUUCUAAACAUUUACAGAUAUUCAGUCACGGGUUGGAACCUGCCCCGUAUGAUCCUAUGUAAGUGUUGCCACUAUAACUGUUGAAUAUAUUUUUCCACAUAGUUUAAUACACAUGAGAAAACAUGCCUACUAUGUUUUUCUUUACCUGCAGCACUGGGUUUGUUGUGUUUUAUGACUACAUACUUGGGCUUGACCCAACCUACAGAGUAUGCCGGUUAGCUGUAAGUCUUUGCAAUGGAGGUCUGGAGAUGGGAAGUCCUUCACCCCUCCCCCCAAUUUAUUGUGAAAGUUCUGCAUCCAAGCUUCGUGAGAGCAAAAAACAGAACAUAGCUAUUUUAGCCACGAAGCAAGCCGUCCCCAGGUAAGUACUCCCAAAUAACAAUAACAAAGUAAAUUAUGCAAUCUAGUGACGCUUUCUCAUGUGUAGUUCUAAAAGUAGCAAGACAAAUAUAGUUACCAUAAAAAAUAGCCAUUUCAUUAAAUAUAUCCUAAGGGCAGAUCUCAGUUAAUGACAUCUUGCUUCCCAUCAAUCUAACAUUUUGUCUGUGUUCUAUACUUUACUCCCUGUAUACUCGUUGUUUUGUAUAGUGACUGUAAAGUAUGGCUUCUAAUAUCUGUUUUGAAAUGCUGAGUGCAAAGCAGUACUUCCUAAAGUAGCACAAUUAUGUUUCUGUAACUUUUUACUGGUAUAUUCUCCCCGCAAACAUUUGUCCCAAUGCAUAUUGUAAGCACACAGGCCUUCGAGCACGAUAUCGUGUAGGAGGUUGAAGCACAUGGGCUUCUUUUGCAUCAGUGUGUCUAAAUAUCUCCUGUUAGUGGAAUUAUGAAGAGGCUUGUGCAUUAAUUAUUAUUUAUAAAAAAAAAAUGUCUUUAAUAAAAAUACAACAGGUGUACUGUAAUUAAGUGAAGUAUAUUUUAAAUCUAGGAGACAGAUCCAUUUUAAAAGAUGCACUUUAAAACAUGUUUAGGAGCAUUCUUUUCAAUGAAUGUAACUCUUUUAUUCAUUAUUCUAACAUUCUUUAUUCAUAAACGCACACUAGAGUACGGCCAUCUCCAAAUAUAUCAUUGAUUAUUGAGCUUCAGGCAUCAGGAGGAUAUGAUCCUUAUGGCCAAGAAGUCAGUCGUUUAAUUCCUCGAGGAUGGGUGAAAAUAGACAUUUUUGAUUAUCAAAAUCGGGUCAUUAGCGGACAGUGGAAAGUUCCAAUUCGUAUCCUUCCCGUCAAACCUUCUCUCACUACAGGGGCACUGAAUGGAGUACCACAGGUAUGUUCUCCUUUUAUAGAAAAAUAUGUCAUGUGAUUUAAUCUGCAGUGAAAAUCACUUCCAUGUGACCUUUUAGUGGACAAAACUUAAAAAGGCUUUUAUGCAUACACAAUUUGCUCUUAUUGGAAACCAGGGGUGUUGCUAGGGUCAAAAAACACCUGGGGCUCUAGCCCAAAAAUGUAGUUAGUGUCCCUUUAAGUAAAGUAUCCUGUCUAUAUAAAUGUAUAAACUCACUAAGUAUUACUCUAAAGGUCUAGGUUUCAGUUUAUAUUAUAUUUAAGUGUAAGUUGAAAUAGAAAGAAAAAGAAAAAAAGGUCCUGAGAUAAUGUUGAUAUAAGCAUUUGGUAACAAAUUCAGGUUCUGCUGUGAUAGAUGGGCACAGUACAUUUGGGCACUAAAAUAAACAAGCAGUGUGAUCAGGUACUUGAGGGGGUACUGAGAAACCCUAAAGGGGGUUUCAUUACCUGCGGUUCCUCUUACGAUAACCCCUGCUCAAAGCAAUAUCAGUGAUGACAUCAUAAUGGCAACGCUGGAUGGGAAAUUUCAGCUAGGCUGUUUACUGGCAUGUGACACUUGUAACAUCCACUAAAUCUGGCCUUUGCUGACAGAGGGAAGCCCCUGCUAUUCAUUGAAAACUGUGAACCUGCUCCAGCUAAAACUACAGGACACCCCAUGCCUUCUUGGAGGAAGUUAAAGCCAACUAUUUCCAUAAUGGCAUGAAAUGUCCAAAGGGGCGUUAUGGGAUAACAGAUUUUACCUUGCAUGAAGCUGUGUAUGAUGAUGUAAUGUCUAUGAAGUCAUCAUUAAUAUGUCAUAAAAUAGAAAACACAAACAGGGUUAUUCACUUUAGUAAACUCUACUAAUGACACAAACAAUGUUACAAUAUUAUACAAUCAAAAAUAAAGCUGGGGAAUAAUUAUACAAAAUACUCACCUGGAAAUAUAUGUAUAAUAUCUUCAGUAAAUUAUUAUGGUGCAAAAUGUUAUAAAUGUUUAUAAUACCGUUAGUAUCAACUUUAGUGUGAAUUAUCAGGAAUUAAAAAUAUAAAUUUUUAGGCCAAGAGAGUUAAACUGAAAACAGCUUAUUAGGAAAGAAAAUUGUCAAUCACAGCUUAAUAUUUAAAAUUAAUUUUGAAUUUACAAUUGACACUUUGAUAAAUAAUAUUGAAAGCAUGUGAAGUUUGAUUUUCAGUCUACCCGUAUUUUUAAUUUGAUAGCAUGUUUAAUUGUUAAGAAUAGCUUUAGUAAACCACUAUCUUUCUGAGAAUGAAAAAUAAUAAACAUGAUACGAUCCUUUUUGUUUUCUUGUAACGGAAUAUUUAUAAUUCAAUUUGUAUCUCUUUUUAGUUGGAAAAUACAGAAUUGUAUAUCCGGCUCGUCAAUGCAAGGAAUGCCGACACACAAAGCCUUUAUCCCAUUGAUGUUAACAAUUCUGUGGUCUAUAAAUACCCGCCUUUGGUAUGUUGGUAUAUUGUCUAGUGUUAAAAAAAAUAUAUAUUUUUUUGUGGACACAGAUUAUAACAGUGAUACAUGGGAUUUGCUUACUAUAGCCAUAACGGAUGUCCUGUAAGCCUAACUUGUUUGGGCAGCUUGCGUUAAUUUCUAUGGAGGUACAUUCUGAAUAGUUAUAAAUACAAAACCUGUUUUGUAUCAAUUACAAGCUGAUGAGAUCCUCUUUGGGGGGGAUAGAAGCUUAAUGAUUAGCCACGGGUGAUGAACCUACCCAGGAAAGAAUAUUUUGUAUAAAAAUAAUUAAUAUGUGCUUAUUUCAUACAUUUUAUCUCUGGAGGGUCUUAAGGUACUGAUGACUUUUUGGGAAUGUAAUUUCUAAAUGACUACCUCUUACUACACUCAUACGUCUGUAUCAAAGAGGUCUCAAGGGUCAUAAGGGGGAAAUAGUUAAUAUGUUCCCUGUCAGGAUAUCUCACAUUUCUACUCCCUGUCUGCAUGAUUUGUUGUAGUAGAGAUACGAUUUCUAAUGCAAAGUGUCCCACGGAGUGCAGGUAAUAGAGCUAGUCUGGGGUUACACGGCUCUCGAUAAAAUCAAUGGGAUAAUCUAAGCACCAAAACAAAGGUAGCUUGAUGAAGUGGUUUUGGUAAAUGGAUCGUGUCACUGAUGAUGUCCCUGCCAUUCUCUCUCACACAGGAGGCUGGUGCAGGCUCUAGACCUCUUUUUCCUAACGUGUGUGAACUAAAAAAAAAUAUUACAGUUGUAACAGUGUAACACUGAUAGUUAAUUGGAAUUAAUGAAAUAAGCAAUCAUUUUUUUUUUUUCACUUUAGACUGCAGCUUAUUUCCACCCUGAAGAUCUUAUGCUUCAGUCGCCUUAUUAUUCCUCAUACCUCACCACGAAUAUGCAGCCUACAUACGGCGAUAUGGUGGAUUCUCCUCCUUCAAGGAACAAAAUAUGGACACAAUAAUAUUUUACAAAUUAAUCAUCAUUUGCGUUCAGUUUUCCUUAUCAUUUGUUCACAAUAUAAAUAAAUGUAUGCUACUAGUAAUAAAAAAUGCAAAAAAUAUACAUUUGUUUUUUACGCUUAGAUCUUAAGUCAAAUGUAAAUUUGUACUGUUUUAUAAUCAGAGCAUUUAAGAAAAUUAUUGUAUUUGGUUUUUCUUUUUCUUUUUUUUUAU